CUAAAGCCUCUUCGGAUCAGGCUCUUCAAUCGCAAAGGGUCCCCGCCUAGCAAUGGGGUACGACCUCAUCUUAUGCCACACUAAGAAGAGGUCCAAUCAGUACUGCGCAGAUGUCUUCGUGACUGAGGCGUACGAGAUCCUCACAGCCCAGGGCUACAACUCGAGAUCUCGGGGUGUGUGACGGCCGCGAGCGCCACAAAGGUGUUGAUUCCAGUCUGCGACGAUGAGUCUACUCACCCUGUGCUAGCGGGGGUGGGCUGCUCGUAAACGCACCAUGCCGAACUGCGCUACACCUGGACGAACGAGCUGCUCGCGCGCAGCUUCUGGCUCGGGCCCAUUGCCCAAUUCCCCCCCUGCUCCUCUGGAUCCAAGGCCGCCCACGGCGAUGCCCUGCCCGCCCGCGCCGCUCCCGCGCCGCGCCCGGCGGGCGCGGAAGGGCAGCCGGGCGCUCGGGGCCGCGGCAGCCCUGGCUGGCGCGGCGGCUGCCGCCACGGCAGUACAUACCAGCCAGCGGCCCUCGCAGGCGUUCAUCAGUCCGUUCGAAGGCGCCCGCGCCUCCGCCGCCGCGUCGCUCGUGGCGGGCGGCCUCGCCCUGGGCGCGCUGCAGCCGCCGGCGAUCGCCGAGAAUUCGUUCGCCAGCUUGCUCGGCGGCGCCGUCACGGAGUCGUUGCCACAGACGGACGAGCGACUGAAGACGCUGCAGAGCCAGCUGAAGAAACCGACCCUGUCGCCGCAGAAGCUCGAAGAGCUGGGCGGUCCCGGCGGAGACGGGGCGCACUUUACGAUGUGAGGCCCGCUUGCGGGUACAACUGUACAGGCGGAAAGGUUGUACCCGCCACGCUUGCUGAACGCUAUAGAUUGUGAUGGCCUGCCCCUGUGGUCCUAAAUGUUGCGGAUCCUUUUGUGCUGGUCAGUCUCCUUCGAUCUUUCACCUCUUCUCCUCCUGC